GGCUAAGUGAGACGCACACUUGAUUUUUCCCCGAAACUUAUAGAUGGAAUCAUUGUUGAUAUGUCUUCUUGUGACGAUUUUAGUGAUUCAUUCUGGAAAUGCCUCUCUAGUGAUAUCAGUGGACACGGAUCCCAUUUUGUCUGGCAAUGAUGUCAAUCUCACGUGCAUCAGUUCUGUUUCGGUAGCUACGUUUGUCUGGCAGCACAAUAGUGGACUUAUAGCACUUGGUAAUAUCAUCCAGAACCCAGCACGCUUUAUGAUUGCCAAUAUGGAUAAUCAGAGUGAUCUAACAAUAAUAGGCUUUGAAAAUGACUUAGACGGGACCUGGGAUUGUCACAAUUUUGGUAUAGAAUCGACUAGCGUCUUCCUAUCUGUAGACGAAGCAUCUUGUCUUCAAACUGAAGGUGAACCAUGUGAUACUAAACUAGAGCUUACUGACUGGCAUCGGAGUAUUCGGUACGUAACUCAGUCAGGAGAUGUCUUAAUAACCGAUUAUUUCUUUAAUGAUGGUUGGUACAAGUUGAUGACAGAGGGACAGCGCAUUGAUAUAACCAUGCCAACAACAUCUCCAGCAGAAUUCGAAUGCGGAACCCAGUACCCAGUAUGGAUAAAUGGUACAUAUCCUGAAAUGGAUGGUAAAAUUAAUGUUGUUAAAGGGUGUGUAAAUAUACCCGAUGAGCCUUGUAAAUAUGAACUAGAGCUUUGCAUAAAGGCUUGCGGAUCAGAUGAAGAAAGAUACUAUGUCCACUACCUUGUUGAUACACCUGGAUCCAACAUGGGCUAUUGUACAGAUUCACUUUUACCCUGUUCAAAUGGAACUAGUUCAGUAACAGGUUUUCCACCAUGCACCGGUAACUUCCCUGUUCUCGAAGGGGAACCAGUAUUAGCAUUCGUAAAAGAACCGACCGGAGUAUCAGCUUAUUGUGAUUACCGUAUGUUAUGGUCUGGUGAAGAAGAAAUUGACUUUUUUGUGGGUUGGUUCAUCGACGGAGAAUAUGUUACUGAUGGACCUGACCUGUCUAAAAUCAGCGAUGAGUUUGACUGUGGUACAGGGCUCCCUUAUCAGUGCAUUCUGAACCGGAAAGCAGGAUCCAAUAUCGAAUGUGAAGUCAGCAGUAAAUUCAAGGACCAAGAUGCAUAUUCACAAGGAAUAAAAAGCAACUUACUGUAUGCCGGACUAAUCGUGUUACCUAACGAUACCAUUGUGUUUGUGGGUGAAAGUGAAGAUGGUGAAACAUUUGAAGUCACUUCAACCAUACCGAUCGUUUGUAGAGAGGAAAAUAGCGUAUGUGUGCCUAGAAUCAGUAUAAACGUUGAUCUAAAUGGCGAAAUAGACGCAUUGGCAGAUGCCUGCUCGCGUUCUGUAGAAUACAAGUCUCCAGCCUCAUUCAAAAUUAUGGCAGCGAGAGACGGAUACAACGAUGGAGAUGUAGCAAACUACAUUAGAUUUGAGGCUGAUGUGAGCACUUUGGAAGAUGUUUCUAGAAUAUGGGAUAAGUUAUCAAACUUGCCAACUAUCAAGGUUGUCACAGAAGACGUAGGGAUUGAAAAAACUUGUGAAGGAAGCGGAGAUCCACACUAUACUACCUUCGAUGGAUGGUAUUACCAUAUAUAUACACCCGGUGACUAUAUAUUUUACCAACAUAGGACUUUACCUAUAAAGAUUCAGUCUCGAGUGGCUCGCUGUAAGAGUGUGGCUUGUAACUGUGGGGUUGCUGUUCAAGUGGGUGACACACAUUUAAUCGUUGAUCGAUGCAAUGAUGCUGGUAACUACUACGUAACCUAUAAAACAAGGCAUGAUGGCCAAAUACAAAAAGAGAUUCGAACACCUAAAAACACCAGAGUAACAACUGCUGAAAUACUUAGGAAUGGAAAAAAAACACCAGGAACAGUUUUGAAGUAUGAAAAUGGAAAAUUCAAGAUUUAUUUACCAACAGGAUCAGUCCUUACUAUAAAACUGAUUUGGAGUCAAUUUUUAUCUUUGUAUCUCUCUGCAUCAUCAGAUGAUUUCAACAACAUUGUUGGUUUAUGCGGUAAUUUUGAUAAAGACAAAUAUAAUGAUGGUCAAUAUGGACCAGCGGAUGCAGCGACGUAUGAUUGCUCUCAACCGGGGAACUGUGAACCGGCGACUUAUAACAGUGUACCUAAAAAUUUUUCUGAAAGCUGGAGAGUUGCUGAUGAAGAAAACAUAUUUCUGGGCGUCUUGAACGUUGAUAAAGAAUUCACAAUUAAUCGUUAUUGCACUUGUGAUAAAGACAUUAUCAAGUGUGACUACUGUAAUGCAAGAACAGAUAAUGAUCCAAUUCUUAAUUGUGAUGAUAAUAAUCGAAGGAGGAGGGAGAUAGUAGAAGAAGACCCUGAUGACCUGGUUGGAACCUAUGAAUUUACUCAAUCUGAAAAUGAUCAAGAUUUUGAGCCAUACGUCCCGGGAUUUCCCACAGCAAGUGGUUUGACUGAAGAAUAUACAAAGCAACUCUGCAACGAUACUCUCAUGAACUCAACUACAUACAACUUGUGUUUAAAUGCAAUUAACAAUGGUUCAGUGACUGUUGAUGACAUUAUAGAAGGAUGUAUUGUAGACGUCAAGGUAUCUGAUGACGUAUCUUUGGCCAGACAGACAAUAUCAGAUCUCCAACUUCGUUGCGAAGUAGUACUCACAAAGAACCCCAUGUAUUGGGAAGAGUCAGAUAACGGUACAAUGGUGCCACCUACGGCUCUAUUGGGACAGCUGUGUGUGAAUGAGUGUAAUGACAAAGGUGAAUGCGUAAACGGUACAUGUGAAUGCAACGAAGGAUUGGGAGGAAGCGAUUGUUCUAUCUCACUGGCUGAACCACCAUUAGUGUUUUCUGUUCUUGGCGAUGGACUUUGUGAUGUUCGUACUAGACCAUGUAGAUCAGCAAAGAUUUAUGGAGAAAACUUUGUGGAAACAGGGAACAUCACAUGUCAUAUUCAGAACAUUAAUGUAAGUGAUGAUGGCAUUACAGUGCUACCAAUAAUAUCUACUGUAGCUGGUAUAUUUAGGACACCUCAAGAAGUCAAAUGUCCUUUGCCCGAACCAGCUGUUCAACCAAGUUUACCAGGAGAAGGAAUAGUUUCAAGCGGUUAUCUAAUAUCGAUCAGUAAUGAUGGGGAGUUGAAAAGUGAAGAUAUGGUGAUAAUGAUUGUGUAUGAUUCUGUUUGUCAAGUAUGCAAUGCAUCAGAAGGUGAAUGCAACAUGAAGAAUAAUUCUUGCAAUAUAAACGGUCACUGUUAUGCAGCGUUUGAUGUAAAUAUGAAUGAUUGCUGUCAACAAUGUUUGCCAGAAAUCUCAAUCGACAGUUGGUCAGUGCGUCAAGAAACACAUACUCAAGGAACAAAUGCAACUGUUAACCCCAUUACUGUUCCACAAAUAUCAUCUUUUUCGCAAGAUCAAGAUGAUUCUAAAACUGGUUUUGAUUUUACUGAUGCAUCUCAAUCUGGAUCCACAUCGGCAAACUAUCGAAACUCAAAUGUAGGAAACUCAUCUCCAAAGCCAUCAACUUUGAAUAGUGGUACAGAUAAUUUGAAAACAUCGCCUCUUACAUAUACCUUCGCAGUUCGUGAAAGAACCUCAACGGUUAAUACAAACAAACAAACCGUGAAUUACCAAGAGGCUAUAAAAUUGACACUACAAGGUCGAGAAGAACAGUGGAUUAGUGCAAAACAAGUAUUCCAUGCAAGUGUUUCAAAGGCAGUGAACUCAUUUUGUUACUCGAAUGCUCAAAAGUGUUGUUCUGUGACAGAUUUCAACGAACAGGAUACUUUAGAUGGAGAUGUUACAACUAGUGAAAAUGUCAACCUGAAUGAGAGAAUAUCUGAGAGUCAGAUUGUUAUAGUACUUUCAAUUAAACACAACAAUUAUAUUGAGACAUGCUUCCAGAAUAAUGAUGACGACAGGGCCAGGAGAGAUGUAAUUAACCACAAAUAUAACAAUUUAUUUAGACAAAGAAGAAAUACAAAUGAGUAUAUUUCUGCUGAUGUAGUGAAGUCUUCGAUUGAACAAGGAAAGACAAAUAUUGAAGCUGAAAUCCUGAUGGACAUCGUGGACGUCUCUCUUUACAACACAGAAGAAAGUGAGGAAGGUGGCAAAGAUCCGAAGUCGUACACCGUCUUCAUUGUGGUUGGAGCGUGUUGUUUUGCAGUAAUUGGGUUGUUAGUAUUUGGAGUCUGCUUUUACAAAAUACAUGAAAAAAAAAGCAAGGAAACUUUGAACCAGGUUAUUCCCAGUAGACCCACCAGUGUAUCUGACAAUAAAGAACCACUAAAGACAAUUUCAUCCGGAUCCCUCGAUGAAUUGUUCAUUGCAUCAAGUUCAGCAGGAAGUCGAGCAGGAUCGCCGCAUCCUCAGUAAAAGCGUGGGAUGAUAAUAACUAGUUCAACAUGUGAAACUCUUAAAUUAACCUUUUAUAACUGUUUUAACCUAUUUUUAUUAAAUAAACAGAUUUUAAAUUUGUUGUGGCCUGGACACUGAACCUCGUUGUCGAAGUUUCAAGCUCUUAUGCAAAGUUGCUUGCGUAUCUGCUUUUGACCCUCUCUACACAUGAGUUUUAAUGGAUACCGGCAUAUGCUUGGAAAAUAAACAUACUCGCUUUGAGGAGUGGUGAUCCCCUCACAGCAUUGCACAGUCUGACAAAAAUGCUAAAGAAAGCGAGAUGAGCACUCCAAAUUGUACAAUUUCCACUACCUUACGUGUACUCCAUUUGGGUAUAUGUAAACUGCUAUUGGUCGUUCGUUUUCAAUUAUAUUAAAAUGUAUGUAAAUAAUUAUUUCUGCAUCAUAAUAGACGGGUGGCCAUCAGAUUUAAAGUGCUCCAUUUUAAAUUUUUUUCGUAGUCAUGAUUUUUUACAAGCUGGAAACAAGGUGAAUCCUCAUCACCAGCUCUUGGCUCACAAGGAAUGGGGCUGAUGUUAUUUUGGAAAUAAGUGCCAAGUUUGACCUAAAGAUGGCAAAUUUUACACGUUUUUACCCAAAAAUCGUACUUUGAAAAUAUUAUGUCACUUUUAUACUUUUUAUCUCAAAAUGGUAUUCAAUUUAAAUAUAUUUGGUAUCAUACUAAGGCAACUAAAAUUAUCUAUCAAAUGAUGUGUAUGAUGACACAUUAUGUUAAUGUUGUGACCCAAAAGGUACAAAAAAAAACUUAUUUUUAUGACUUGGUUUGGUAAAUAAAAAAAAACAUGUUUUAUUUAUGAGAAGUAAUGAGUUGAAAAACUUUUUAUCUGAUACUUUCUCGAAAACUGGUGAAUUUUCAUCACCAGGCCUUGGCUCACUCAGAAUAAAAGUUUGCCACACUGAAUUUUGGAUUUUAGUGCCAAAUUUUACCAAUGUCAUAAAAAUAAAGUUUUGCUACUUUUGGGUCACCACAUUAACAUCAAUUGUCAUCAUGCACAUCAUUCGAUAGAUAAAUGUAAUAGCUUUCGUAUGACACCAAAUAUAUCCAAAAUUUUAGUAACAUACUAGCUUCAAAAUACAAUUUUGGGGUAAAAAGUGUAAAAUUUGCCUUUUUUUGUUGGAGAUAACCUUUGACAUACUGUAACUCCGAAAUUCAAAAUGAAUAAUGUUUGACAUUUUUAUAGCCGUUUUAUUUUGUAUGUGGUCCGUUUUUGGAAAAGUAUCAGACGAAAAGGUUGUUAGCUUAGUAUUUUCGUAUUUAUUUAAUAAAACAUGUAUUUUUAAAUUUUGCCAAAAAAUGGCUUAUAAGAUAUGUUUGGGCAAGCUUUUGGUUAAAAAAUUAAUAUAAUUAAAUUUUGUAGGCCUAUAUGGUCAGUUUUUGAAAAAAAAAGUAUCUUACAAAACGGUUGUUAGCUUAGUAUUUCUCGUAUUUAUUUAAUAAAACAUGUAUUAUUAUUAAUUUGCCAAAAAAAGUCAUAAAAAUAGGGUUUUAGAAAGUUUUGAUAAAAAAAAUUAAAUAUAAUAUGUCAUAAUAUAUAUCACUUGAUCGAUAAUUUUAAUAUUUUUUGUAUGAUACCAAACAUAUUCAAAUCAUAAUCAUCCAGUGACGGACUAGCUUCAAAAUGCAACUUUAGGGUAAAAACGUGUAAAAUUCGCCAAUGACAUUUUAUUAUUGUACAGUAUGGUAACAUAAUAGAUUGAAUUCGUAUGUAUAUAAAUGUUUCUAAAAGUAACCGAGAUCUUGAACAGAUUUUUGUGAAGUCAGUUUUGUUCGUUUUUCUCUCAUAUGCAAUCUAAAACUAUUUAGUAUGAAUUAACAAUAACUAUACUAAAAUAUUGUCAAACAUGUGAGUAGCAAAAUGUAACUGUGCUAGCAACUAAACAGAUUUAAAUGAGAGUAUGGUUCCUUUGACACAUAAAUUUCAUCUACCUGCAGGCCUAAUCUGUAUGCGAUGGCGGUUUUAAUUUACACGGCUAAGUCAACUUUUUUUUUUAUUGUUCUUCGUCAGAUGAGUGCUGUAGUUCAAGGUUAAUAAUUUUAUUCGUGGAGCUCUAUGUUUUAACAGUACUUGUUAAAAUUUCUUGAACAACAUUGUAAGCCGCAUGUAGUAAUAUAUUGGUGAUAAGUUCACUAACAUAUUGCUAGCCGGUACUCUUUUAUACCUUUUGUCUUUAUAUUUUUAAGCAAUGUUUAGAUAUAAUACGGUAUUAACGUUUGUAUGCUACUUUCCAUACAUACAUUCAUACACACAUAUGCACCCCUACAUACAUACAUACAUACAUACAUACAUACAUACAUACAUACAUACAUACUAAGUUGUCGGACUGUGGGAUAUUAACUUCUUAUUGUAAUAUAGUAAAUAUGUGUUGCUGUAUUAUGUAUUAAACUACUAUGAAUGGAGGAAA